UACAGAAGCUGACAAACCAGACUGUCUACACUUGGCCUCCCGGCUGCUGACAGCCUCCCUCUGGAGGGAGCUCCCCAGAGCAGCUGGGGUUGGGAAGGAACCAGGCAAAGCUCUGGGGCUCCUGCUGUGACGUGAAGGACUGGACAAGGGAACGCUGUGGGAGCAGCCCUUCCCAAUCGCCCUACGGGCUGCCUGCUCUGCUGGCACUGGACUCAUCUGCCCCGGGGCUGGUCAGUAUCUGCACUGAAACGGGAAGAGGGGAGCAGCAGCUCUUGUGGGGUGACAGGUUUGUCCGGCCAGACUGGAGUGCCAUCCUUGGAGCGUGGGAUGGGAGCUCUCUUCCCCAUGGUACCUCAGCCUGUCUGCCUGGGGGUCAGCAUAAGGAUGAAUCCACAGGGCACCAGGACAGAGAACAGAUACAGGUGCUGUUAAUUCCCCUCAGUGCCAGCCCAGGACGGCUGUCCUGUAGGCAGAGCCUGCUCCCUGCCCCAGGCCCUUGGACACAUCCUGCUGCAGCCUGACUCUUCACCACCAUCCUGGAAGAAGGGGGAACACAAGCACAGCCAGCCCCCGCUGGGAGUCUCCCUGCCGCUGCUAUGAUGAAGCAGCUGCAAGCGUGUCAGGAAUCAGCCACAGAGGAGAACGACUCUGCCUUCAGGCCCCUGUGCAGGUCAGAGGGGGAAGAUGAUGCUGUGGGAUGUGGCACGAGCUCCUGGAUCUGUGGUCAGAGCGAUACAGCAGCAUCGCCUGAGCACAGAGGGGGUGCUCAGCCCUCAGGUGAGGUUCCCAGCACUCAGCUGGACCAGUGGGACCUGGGGGAUGUGCCGGAGCCUCUGCUGGAGACCCCCAAAUCACUAUCCAUCUGCAGCUGCCCCAGUACAUCGCUGCUGGGGGUACACCUGCCUGAUGGCCCCACUCCCCUGGACAGCACCCCCCAGACACAAGAACCCAGCAGUAGCCAGAGUCCUGUACCUCCACAAGGGCUCCCCAGCCUGGAAGGGGCUGCCUGCCAGAGCCUGUCCUUGAUCCUGCCCUGCAGGGAGGAAGGGGAGCAGGCUCCCAGUGAUGGGGCAGGGGUGGUUGCAUCCUGCUGCAUUGAGGCGGAAGAAGGCAGUGGUGGUGAGGACGAGUGUCCCAUCUGCACGGAGCCGUAUGAUGGCACACGGCACAAGCAGGCCCUGCUCAAUUGUAACCAUGUGCUGUGCAACAACUGUCUAAACGCUAUCAUGGAGGCGGCAGAUGCUGCUGAGAUUGGGCGCGUGCGCUGCCCCAUUUGCCGCCAGAAGACACCCAUGCUGGAGUGGGAGAUCUGCAAGCUGCAGGAGGAGAUGCUGCUGCUGCAUACCCAGCCAUCCUCACCCUUGCCCCUGGCUGUGCCACACACACUUCCCGUGCGGCAGCCAGGCCUCUGGGGGGCCCUGGAGCACCACUUCCAGGUGCGCUUCCACACAGGCCGCAUGGUGGGCUGCCUGCCCUGUGUGCGCUACCCGCUGUGCCUGAUCCGUCGCCUGGGACAUCUGGAGCAGCGUUGUCGCUGCUGCUACUUGCUGGCACUGAUGAUGCUGCUGUUGGCUGAGAUGCUCAGCCUGCUGCUCGUAUUCCUGCCCAUUGUGCUCCUGGUGCUGCUUUUCCUUAUCCUGGAUAAGUAGUUGCCUGAUGGCAAGGAAAGGAAAGACGUGCUCCAAAAGGAGACACUGGCCUGGAAGGGCCUCCUGUUCCCCAUCAUUGCAGGAGGACCAGGUUGGAGUGUCGGGCAGCACAGAGCAGCAGGAACUAGGUGUCCUGGCCAGCAACCCCACCCAGUGAGCCCAGUUCAGCCAGCCGUGCUGCAGCCCCCUGUGGGUUGCUGCUGCUCCCCUCAGCAGAGCAAAGCCCUUCUUGCUGAGCUGGACUGGGCUGCUGGCACAGAAGCAGCUGGUAGAGCACCCAGGGAGCCACCCCUGGGUCUCCUGGAUCUCCUGGAAAGGCUCAUAGCCCUUCUGGAGGCAGCACAUUUCCUGAGGUAUAGGCAUGAGCUUCAGGCAAGGGGAUGCCCAGAGCUGACAAGUUCGGAGUGGGAAUGGGGCAGCGGACCCAGCCAGUCCAAUGCAGAAUUUAUACUCUGCAUUGAAGGUUAUACUCCCAGCAGUGCCCAGGGAGUCCCAGAGCCAAAACCAAUACUUCUGUCACCCAGUUACUUUAUGACCCAGCUAGUGGCAGUGGAGCAGCGCUGGGGCAGAAGUGUGAAGCAGGACAGAGGAGAGGCUGCUGGUACCAUGCUCCAGCUCAAGCUUCUCCAUCGCAGAUGGCAUGUGCUUCAGAAAGGCUGGCUGAGUUCAGAGCCAGGUCAUGCAGCCCAGCACCCUGGCUGAAGGCAGGCCGCCUCCAUCACUCCCUCAGCAUGUGCACAGCUCUGCCAUUGCCCUCCCCUCCAGAUCUACAGCUGCCCGCUAUCCCAGCCUGGGGGUUGUCUCUCAGCUCUGUGCCAUCCCUGGCGCCUCAGUCCAGUGAACUACAUGAGGCUUUUGUGACAUGCAACUGGGAGCAGUGAGACCCACCAAACUCACUGAACUUGUGACUGAGUGGAUGUAAGCCCAGUCUGCCAGGACCGAGCCAUAGCCUCAGACAAUGGCUCUCACAGUAGGACUGAGCUGCCUGCCAGGAGGCAGCGGGUAACAAUGUGUUCCAUGUGUCCUACAGCCUUGUGACUCGGCAAGCAAAGACACCCUCUGUUCCAGCCAUCCUGCGCUGUGUUUGAUGCUCUUGGGCUAUAAAGGCACUGGCAGAGCAGCUUGCCACUCCAUA